CAGAGAGAUGCGCGUUCACUGAGCAGGAGGAAGCAGGACCGGCUGCUUUUUCCCUCCACCGCUCCACACUUAUAAUCACCUCCCCAUCAUCACCAGCAUCAGCAUCAGCAUCAGCAUCUCCCCCGCCCCGGACAGACUGCAGUGUGAAACGCUCCGGUUUCUGGAUGGAUUUUUUUUGCUUUGGAUUAUUGUAGUUUUGAUACGGCGCACUUCUAAACAGGCUGCACUCGUCUGUAACGUCUGCAAGAAAAGUUCUUUCAGGAGUGUGUCUGAAGCUGGAGCUCAAACCAUGGGGCAGGGAGCUGAACCAGCCAUGAAGUUUGUGUGCUUUAAUCCAGGAAGUCGCCUCAAAGAAGAAUCACAAGAGGCCGCUCUGAUCCACUGACACAUCAUCACCUUCAUCGUAGCGCGUUCACCUGUCCACUGUGUGUGGAAAUUUGAUUUUUUUUUUUUCCAUACACCUCUGCAUAAACCUGGCCAAGGAGAUUAGAUACCGUCCAUUAUCAACAUUAGAUCUGCCUCCGAAAAAGAGAGGAUAUUGCAUUCUCUGCUUGACUCUAAAAUUAUCUAUGUGGAAUGUAACAUUGAGAAGAUAAAUCCUGGAGCAUUGCCGUAACCAGAUGUUAUCAUCACUUUGAGGAUCUAUCCCCAGUUCUAACUUUCUUCUGGUGCCCUGUGUUAUUCUCUCUACAAUGAAUUCCAACAGCCUACCUGCUCAUGUCCUCUUGCUGAUAAGUACUGUGCUGGGCCUGGGUGUAGGUUUAGAGUUUACUGGCUCUGAGGGUCAGUGGGCUCGCUACCUGCGCUGGGAUGCCAGCACCAGAAGUGACCUGACAUUCCAGUUCAAGACUUCACAAUCGGAGGGCCUGCUGCUCUACUUCGACGACGGCGGAUUUUGCGACUUUCUGCUUCUCAUGGUAUCCGGGGGUAAGCUGCAGCUUCGCGUCAGCAUCGACUGCGCCGAGACGACCGUCACCUCCGAUAAGACGGUCAACGACAGUCGCUGGCACUUUGCCGCAGUCAACAGGCACAAUUUGCGGACUGGCUUGGCUGUGGAUGGCCGGACCAAGACGGAAGAGGUGCGUCCACAGCGUCAGUUCAUGAAGAUCGUGAGUGACCUCUUCCUCGGAGGGCUCCCGGGGGACAUCCGCACGUCUGCUAUCACCCUGCCUUCUGUCCUUGAGCUACCACCAUUCAAGGGAAUUAUUACAGACCUCAGUUAUGGGAGUAAGUUGCCCAUGCUCAUCAAUAGCCAGAAAGUACGCUUGGAGAUGAUGGGCCUGUGUACGGAGAACCCCUGUGAGAAUGGCGGGAUCUGCUCGCUAGCAGAUGGAGAAACCUACUGUGACUGCUCCAAAACUGGAUUUGUAGGUCGAUACUGCACUGAAGCAGUCCAGAAAAUCCCAGGCCUCGCACACCUGAAGGCAGAGCAAGGUAGAAGCAAAGCGAGGGAGGAGAAUGUGGCCACCUUCCGUGGCUCGGAGUACUUCUGCUACGACCUGUCGCAGAACCCCAUCCAGAGCAGCAGCGACGAGAUCACGCUGUCCUUCAAAACCUGGCAACGCAAUGGCCUGCUCCUCCACACGGGGAAAUCGGCAGACUAUGUCAACCUUGCGCUAAAAGAUGGGGCCGUAUCACUCGUCAUUAAUCUCGGUUCCGGGGCCUUUGAGGCCAUUGUCGAGCCAGUCAACGGAAAAUUCAAUGACAACGCCUGGCACGACAUCAAAGUGACACGCAACCUGAGACAGCAAUCAGGCAUUGGACACGCUAUGGUGACUAUCUCCGUUGAUGGAAUCCUCACCACCACUGGCUACACCCAGGAGGACUACACCAUGCUGGGCUCUGAUGAUUUCUUCUACGUGGGUGGUAGCCCCAGCACGGCGGACCUGCCGGGAUCUCCAGUUAGCAACAAUUUCAUGGGCUGCCUCCGAGAGGUGGUAUACAAGAACAACGACAUCCGCUUGGAACUGUCCCGUCUCGCUCGCAUCGUUGACCCCAAGAUGAAGCUCCAGGGCGACAUUGCCUUCAAGUGUGAAAAUGUGCCCACCCUUGACCCCAUCAACUUCGAGACUCCUGACUCCUACCUGGCCUUGCCAAAGUGGAACACCAAGCGCGUGGGCUCCAUCUCCUUCGACUUCCGCACGUCUGAACCCAACGGGCUGAUUCUCUUCACCCACGGGAAGCCCCAGCACCGGCGGGAUGUUAAGGGCCAGAAGAACAACAAGGUGGACUUCUUUGCUGUUGAGCUGCUGGAUGGGGGGCUAUACCUGCUGCUGGACAUGGGCUCUGGGACCAUCAAGGUCAAGGCCACACAGGCAAAGGUCAAUGACGGGGCCUGGCACCAUGUAGACAUCCAGAGAGACGGUCGCUCAGGCAUCAUCUCAGUUAACAGCCGCCGGACACCUUUCACAGCCAGCGGGGAAAAUGAAAUCCUGGACCUGGAGGGCGACCUUUAUCUGGGUGGUCUGCCUGACAGCCGGGUGGGUUUGGUGCUCCCCACUGAGCUCUGGACCGCGAUGCUCAACUACGGCUACGUGGGCUGCGUGCGGGAUCUGUUCAUUGACGGCCGAAGCAAAGACAUCCGACAGAUCGCUCAGUCCCAGAACAUGACCGGCAUCAAGCCUUCCUGUAACAAGGUGAAUGGGAAACAGUGCGACAGCAAUCCCUGCAAGAACAGCGGAGUGUGCAAGGAAGGCUGGAACCGCUUCAUCUGUGACUGCACCGGGACUGGAUUCUGGGACAGUACCUGUCAGAGAGAGUCUUCGAUCCUGUCCUAUGACGGCAGCAUGUACAUGAAGGUCGUGAUGCCAAAUGUCGUGCACAGCGAGGCCGAGGACGUCUCGCUCCGAUUCAUGUCCCAGCGGGCCUUUGGUCUGCUCAUGGCCGCGACGUCCCGCGAGUCUGCAGACACGUUGCGGCUCGAGCUGGACAGCGGCAGGGUCAAACUGACUGUCAACCUAGACUGUGUCAGGAUAAACUGUAACACCAGCAAAGGCCCUGAGGUUCUUUAUGCCGGACAAAAGCUCAACGACAAUGAGUGGCACUCGGUGCGAGUGCUCCGUCGCGGUAAAACCUUCAAGCUCACGGUGGACGAUGACAUGGCGGAAGGCGAGAUGCCAGGUGACCACACCCGGCUGGAGUUCAACAACGUGGAGACGGGCAUCUUGACCGAGAGGCGAUUUGUUUCUUCUACUCCCUCGCCCUUCAUUGGGCAUCUUCAGAGCCUGAAGUUCAACGGCAUGCAGUACAUCGACAUGUGCAAGAACGGGGACAUCGACUUCUGCGAGCUCAACGCCCGCUUUGGCACGCGCUUCAUCAUCGCCGACCCGGUGACUUUCAAGACGAAGGGCAGUUACCUGGGCCUGGCUACUCUGCAGGCGUAUACCACAAUGCACCUCUUCUUUCAGUUCAAAACCACGUCGUCGGACGGAUUCAUCAUCUUCAACAGUGGAGACGGGAAUGACUUCAUUGCCGUCGAAUUGGUCAAAGGGUUUAUCCACUAUGUCUUUGACCUGGGUAAUGGUCCAAGUCUGCUGAAGGGGAACAGCGACAACUCACUGAACGAUAACCAGUGGCACAAUGUGGUCAUCACUCGCGACAUUUCCAACACACACACCCUCAAAGUGGACUCGAAGUCAGUUACGCAGAAUGUCAAUGGUGCCAAGAACCUUGACCUUAAAGGUGACCUGUUCAUCGGAGGUCUCGGACCCAACAUGUACCAGAACCUCCCAAAGCUGGUGGUUUCUCGAGAGGGCUUCCAGGGCUGUUUGGCGUCGGUUGACCUUAACGGCCGCCUGCCAGACCUCAUCAAUGACGCUCUUUUCCGUAGCGGGCAGAUCGAGCGUGGCUGUGAAGUUGGUUUCACCAAAGCCGACCUGCAAGGCCCAAGUACAACUUGCCAGGACGACUCGUGCGCCAACAACGGCGUGUGUAUCCAGCAGUGGGAGAACUUCACUUGCGACUGCUCGAUGACGUCUUACACGGGGACUCACUGCAACGACCCUGGCACCACCUACAUCUUCGGUAAAGGAGGAGGACUGAUCACGUACACGUGGCCCAACAACGAGCGGCCGAGCACGCGGACGGACCGGCUGGCAGUGGGCUUCAGCACCACCAUCAAGGACGGCAUCCUUGUCCGCAUCGACAGCGCUCCACGUCUGGGUGACUUCAUCAUGCUCCACAUUGAGGAAGGCAAAGUUGCUGUGACGUUCAACAUCGGGACGGUGGACAUCAGCGUUAAGGAGUUGAACACGCCUAUAAACGAUGGCAAAUACCACUUGGUCCGGUUCACCAGGAACGGGGGAAACGCCACCUUGCAGGUGGACAACUGGCCAGUGAAUGAGCACUUCCCCUCAGGCAACAGCGACAUUGAGCGCUAUCAAAUGGCAAAUAAGAAAAUCCCGUUCAAAUAUACCCGGCCAGUAGAAGAUUGGCUUCAGGAGAAAGGCCGGCAACUGACAAUCUUCAACACCCAGGCCACUAUCUCCAUCGGCGGAAACGACCGGAAGCGGCCCUACCAGGGUCAGCUUUCCGGCCUCUACUACAACGGCCUCAAAGUGCUCAACAUGGCCGCCGAGGGCCACGUCAACAUCAAGGUGAACGGCAGCGUGCGCCUGGUCGGGGACGUGCCGGCCAGUCGGGGUGGGGCGCGCACCACCACCUCGGUGCCGCCGGAGAUGUCCACCACCUUCAUCGAGACCACCACGACCCUGUCCACCACGACCACGAGGAAACAACGCUCACCACCUACUAUUCAGACGACGGAUGACAUUGUUUCUUCGGCCGAGUGCUCCAGUGACGACGAGGACCUGGAAGAGUGCGACUCCGGACACGCAGGAGGGGAACUAGUCAUCCCCGUGCUAGUCGAGGACCCCAUAGACAUCCCUUCUGUAUCCACCCGUUCUCCUUUCAUCCCCCUCCCCCCAACCCUUCGCCCUGUCCUCACCAUUAUUGAGACCACCAAAGAAUCCUUGGCCAUGGCCACUGAGGCGGGGGUACCUUGCUUGUCGGACCGAGGCAGCGAUGAUUGUGAUGAUGGUGAUGGUGGUGAUGAUGGUGAUGAUGAUGAUGAUGAUGGAAUGGUGAUUUCGGGGUUUGGCUCUGGCGAAGCUUUCGACUCUAGCCUGCCCCCGACUGACGAUGAAGAUUUUUACACCACCUUCUCCCUGGUAACAGAUAAGAUCUUGACCACAUCGAGCUACGAAGGUGGCUACAAAGCCAUCGCACCCAAGUGGGAGGCCAAGGACUUGAGGCCUAGCAAAGCCUCUGAGGCAGGUAGGACUACAUCCACCUCGCCUCUACCCGACCUCCAGGGCACACCACCAGCGGCGGUCCCCUCGGACACACCACCCAAACUGCCGGCUGGGAAAAUGAACAACCGCGAGGUAAAACCCCUGCAGCCGGACAUAGUCCUGCUGCCCCUGCCAACAUCCUUCGAUGGGGACGGCACCAAACCACGGGGCCCCUUCAUCACCUCGCCCAUGCUGCGCACAGUGCCUGCAGCGUUGCCCACAGUGCCCGGCGUGGUGCGGCGGGUGCCCCCGGGGGCCUCAGAGGUGAUCCGAGAAUCCAGCAGUACCACAGGUAUGGUGGUGGGCAUCGUCUCAGCCGCUGCUCUCUGCAUCCUCAUCCUCCUCUACGCCAUGUACAAGUACAGGAACAGGGACGAGGGUUCCUACCAGGUGGACGAGACUCGCAACUACAUCAGCAACUCGGCGCAAACGAAUGGCGCUGUGGUGAAGGAUAAAACACCCAGCGGCAGCGGCAAAGGCAGCGCCAGUAGCAAGAGACCGAAAGACAAGGACAAGGAAUAUUACGUAUAGAAAUCCAGUCAUUUCCCAACACAUAAAAAAAUGAACUCUUUGGAACAAAAUUAUGAACAUUUUGACAGUACCAUAUUGGCAACUGUGAUUAAAAAAGGAUAACAAUCUCCUGAGAACUCAAUACUUGCUGAGAAACACUUAGAAAAAUACUUUGGCUUAUAGAAGCACACUUACUAUUGUAAGCGCUAUGGAAAGACAAUGCAGUACAACUUCACCUGGGAUUCAACAUGGACCUUUUCAAGGAGUCCCUGCUGGAGACGGUUGGCAGUGUGAAUAUUAUCACUCUCAACGUCCACACGACGCCCAAGUGACUGUCGAGAGGUGUGUGUGUGUGUGAUCCUUGGAGUUCUAACAACCUUGUCCAUUGUAACCCUGUAAAAUACGAUCACUGUCAUUUUCAGCCAUUCUGAGCAUGCAUGUGAGGUGUAUGUGACGUGGUGCUGGCAUCUGUGUAAGUGAGGGACCUCGAGAAGCGAUGAUUGUCGGGAAAGUUGGAAGUCAAAAACGGGAUUUCACGUUGCGGUUUCAUUCAAUGUAGCUGUCGCGGAUGAGGUAUGAGGUAAAGUAUGUGUACUCAAAGCUGUUUUUUUUUUAUUUAUUUUCUUAUUUAUUAAGUAAUUUAUUUAGUUAUUUAAUUCAGUUUUGUUUGUUUUUUUGGAGGAUGAUGUCCAGCCUUGGUUGAGUGGGCAGUGCUCAGUGUCCGCUGAGCCGGAUGUGAUACAGUAAUGUAUCUCAAUAUUUUUCCCUCCCCCCCUAAUGUCUCAGCUAAGUAUUGGACUGCUAUGCAUGGCAUCCAAAUUCUAGAUGGUGUUCAAGCGUGCAAAAGUGGAACCACCAGGGAAAUUGCACAACACAUUGGUACUUUUCUGAAUUUCAAAUCUCUGAUAGCAUUUUUCCUUUCCUUUCAUUUCCUUUACAUGCACAAAAUGCAUUAACAUAAAUUGUCUGGCAGAGAUUUAAUUACUCACAGUCUUGCAGAAGAAAAAAAAAAACACCCAGGCUAAAGACUCACUCCAACGUGAACAAGUGUGAUUCUAUCUGUUGUCACAGACGACUGUGUCAAAAACAGCAAAUGUGUUUACAUAUUUUUGUUACAUCAUAGCCGUUGUGCUUUUGCUGGUCAAUAUUGUACAGGAAAUUCAAGAUUCUGUUUUUCUGUUGUUUUGUUUUUAACUCUUUUACUUGUACAGACAGACCACUGGAUCAGAUCUUUCCUGCUGUAGCAACAAGACAAAAAAAAAAUCAUUAUUCUUUUGCCAGCGACACCCGGAGAUUUAAAAAAAGAAGAAGAAAAAACUAUGACGUGCACACUGGAACAUUUGUUUAGGCAGGAGCAAAUGUUGGUAGAUUAGAAGUCUAGUCUCUCUGGAUGGUGUAUCUCUUCAGUCGCAUGAAUAUUUGACCAUCGGAAGCUGUCAAGUCAAAUAGAAAACACCUCCCUCAGAUAUUGUACUAGGGACUCCUCCUUAUUCUGAAAUUACUUUCAUCAUGUUGUUUAUUUUUUUAUUGGAAAUUUAAAAAAAAAAAAAUCUGAACAAGAAAAUAAAGACAGAUUAUGUUGGAUUUGGAGAUCUA